GGGGCUGAGGGACGAGGGCGGGGAGGAGACGCCGAGUCGUCGCGGAGAGCGGGGCGGGUUGGUCGGAACAUGGCGGACCAGAUCCCUCUGUACCCAGUGCGCAGCGCCGCGGCGGCCGGCCACAAGCGCGCGGCCUACUACAGCAGCGCGGGGCCCGGGCCGGGGGCCGACCGGCGCGGCAGGUACCAGCUGGAGGAGGAGUCUGCCCAUUUGGAUGAAAUGCCACUAAUGAUGUCUGAAGAAGGCUUUGAGAAUGAUGAAAGUGAUUACCACACACUGCCGCGAGCCAGGAUAGCUCGAAGGAAAAGAGGCCUGGAGUGGUUUGUCUGCGGUGGAUGGAAGUUCCUCUGUGCCAGUUGCUGUGAUUGGCUGAUAAAUAUUUGUCAAAGAAAGAAAGAACUAAAAGCUCGCACAGUAUGGCUCGGAUGUCCUGAAAAGAGUGAAGAAAAGCAUCCCAGGAAUUCUAUAAAAAAUCAAAAAUAUAAUGUCUUUACCUUUAUACCUGGGGUUUUGUAUGAACAAUUCAAGUUUUUCUUGAAUCUCUAUUUUCUGGUAGUAUCCUGCUCACAAUUUGUACCAGCAUUGAAAAUAGGCUAUCUCUACACCUACUGGGCUCCUCUGGGAUUUGUCUUGGCUGUUACUAUUACACGUGAAGCAAUUGAUGAAUUUCGGCGUUUUCAGCGAGACAAAGAAGUAAAUUCACAACUAUAUAGCAAGCUUACAAUAAGAGGUAAAGUGCAAGUUAAGAGUUCAGACAUACAAGUUGGAGACCUCAUCAUAGUGGAAAAGAAUCAAAGAAUUCCGUCAGACAUGGUAUUUCUUAGGACUUCAGAAAAAGCAGGUUCAUGUUUCAUUCGAACGGACCAGCUGGAUGGUGAGACAGACUGGAAGCUGAAGGUGGCGGUGAGCUGCACUCAAAGGCUGCCGGCCCUGGGGGACCUUUUUUCUAUCAGUGCUUAUGUUUAUGCUCAGAAGCCACAACUGGAUAUUCAUAGUUUUGAAGGAACAUUUACCAGGGAAGACAGUGACCCUCCUGUUCAUGAAAGUCUCAGCAUAGAAAACACAUUGUGGGCGAGCACCAUUGUUGCAUCAGGUACUGUAAUAGGUGUUGUCAUUUAUACUGGAAAAGAGACUCGAAGUGUAAUGAACACAUCCAAUCCAAAAAAUAAGAUUGGUUUGCUGGACCUCGAGCUCAAUCAGCUGACAAAGGCGCUAUUUCUGGCUUUGGUUGUUCUUUCUGUUGUUAUGGUAACCUUACAGGGAUUUGCAGGCCCAUGGUACCGAAAUCUUUUCCGGUUUCUUCUUCUCUUUUCCUACAUCAUUCCCAUAAGUUUACGGGUCAACUUGGAUAUGGGCAAAGCAGCCUAUGGAUGGAUGAUCAUGAAAGAUGAGAACAUCCCUGGCACAGUCGUUCGAACCAGCACCAUACCAGAGGAACUGGGGCGCCUGGUGUAUUUACUGACAGAUAAAACAGGAACUCUCACCCAGAAUGAGAUGACAUUCAGGCGGCUCCAUCUGGGCACUGUCUCCUACGGAGCCGACACGAUGGAUGAGAUCCAGACCCACGUCUUGAGCUCCUGCUCACAGGUUCAUCCUCAAACUGGUGGAAACAACCCCAGUUCAACCCCUCCAAGAAGAGCCCAAAGUUCAACCCCCAAAGUUAGGAAAAGUGUCAGCAGUCGAGUCCACGAGGCAGUGAAAGCCAUCGCCCUGUGCCACAACGUGACCCCGGUGUAUGAAUCCCAGGCUGGCGUCGGUGGGGAGACAGAGUCUGCUGAAGCAGACCAAGACUUCCGUGAUGAGAACCGCACCUACCAGGCCUCCAGCCCAGAUGAGGUCGCGCUGGUGCGGUGGACGGAGAGCGUCGGGCUCACCCUGGUCAGCAGGGACCUCACUUCCAUGCAGCUGAAGACGCCUGGCGGCCAGGUCCUGACCUACUGCAUCCUGCAGGUGUUCCCCUUCACCUCAGAGAGCAAGCGGAUGGGCGUCAUCGUCAGGGAUGAAUCCACGGCAGAAAUCACAUUUUAUAUGAAGGGCGCUGACGUGGCUAUGUCCUCCAUUGUCCAGUACAAUGACUGGCUAGAAGAGGAGUGUGGAAACAUGGCUCGGGAAGGGCUGCGGACACUUGUGGUGGCAAAGAAGUCUUUGACGGAAGAGCAGUACCAGGAUUUUGAGAGCCGAUACAGUCAAGCCAAACUGAGUCUCCACGACCGAAUGCUGAAGGUGGCUGCGGUGGUGGAAAGCCUGGAGAGGGACAUGGAGCUGCUGUGCCUCACUGGGGUGGAGGACCAGCUGCAGGCGGACGUGAGGCCCACGCUGGAGAUGCUGCGCAACGCUGGGAUCAAGAUAUGGAUGCUAACAGGCGAUAAACUGGAGACAGCUACUUGCAUUGCCAAAAGUUCACAUUUGGUGUCUAGAUCACAAGACAUUCAUAUUUUUAGACCCGUGACCAGCCGGGGAGAGGCCCAUUUGGAGCUGAAUGCAUUUAGAAGGAAGCACGAUUGUGCACUGGUCAUCUCAGGGGACUCCCUGGAGGUCUGCCUCAAGUAUUACGAGCACGAGCUGGUGGAGCUGGCCUGCCAGUGCCCUGCUGUGGUGUGCUGCCGCUGCUCGCCCACCCAGAAGGCCCACAUCGUCUCACUGCUGCGACAGCACACGGGGAGGCGCACCUGCGCCAUCGGCGACGGAGGAAAUGAUGUGAGCAUGAUCCAGGCAGCAGAUUGUGGCAUUGGCAUCGAGGGAAAGGAGGGGAAGCAGGCCUCGCUGGCUGCGGACUUUUCCAUCACACAGUUCAGACACGUCGGCAGGCUGCUCAUGGUGCACGGACGGAACAGCUACAAGAGGUCAGCGGCUCUCGGCCAGUUCGUCAUGCACAGGGGCCUCAUUAUCUCUACGAUGCAGGCUGUAUUCUCUUCAGUCUUCUACUUUGCAUCUGUCCCCCUGUACCAGGGAUUCCUCAUGGUGGGGUAUGCAACUAUCUACACCAUGUUUCCAGUGUUCUCCUUGGUGCUGGACCAAGAUGUGAAGCCAGAGAUGGCGAUUCUUUACCCAGAGCUGUACAAGGACCUCACCAAGGGGAGAUCCUUGUCCUUCAAGACCUUCCUCAUCUGGGUUCUGAUCAGCAUUUACCAAGGCGGUAUUCUCAUGUUCGGGGCCCUGGUGCUGUUCGAGGCUGAGUUUGUGCAUGUGGUAGCCAUCUCCUUCACGGCACUGGUCCUGACCGAGCUGCUUAUGGUGGCCCUGACCAUCAGGACGUGGCACUGGCUGAUGGUCGUCGCCGAGUUCCUCAGUCUGGGCUGCUACGUGGCCUCCCUCGCCUUUCUAAAUGAAUAUUUUGGUAUAGGCAGAGUAUCUUUUGGAGCUUUCUUAGAUGUUGCCUUCAUCACGACCGUGCCCUUCCUGUGGAAAGUGUCGGCCAUCACUGUGGUCAGCUGCCUUCCGCUCUACGUCCUCAAGUACUUGAAGCGCAAGCUCUCUCCUCCCAGCUACUCCAAAUUGAGCUCCUGAGGGGCCAGCAACUGCCAGGGGGCCUCUCAACUGGCUCCUGUGGGAGGUGGGAGGUAGGGUGCUGGGCCUGCCUUUCCUCUCUGAUGUCCACCGAGGCAGCAUGGGCUUCCACUGAAAAGGAGUCUUGUUUCUUCACUGCUACUGUGAAGGAUGUGCCCUUCUGAGAGCUGGCAGUGAUUUCUGCAGCUUCCCAACACUCAGAUUCUUCCUCUGAUGGUGGAAUGUAGAAAGCCACUCCUACCUGAGCAAUAAAGUCUGCACACUGGGAUGCCCCGUC